UCGCGAAGCCUCGCACCCGGAUAUGAUAGCCGGUUCUGAAACCGAACUCUGAAAAAGUGUGAGGGGCUCCCCACGUGGGUCGGGGCACUGGGCGUGGAUCAAGGGGUAAACGUUUAUUAGAGUCAGUGUCUCGCGGGUGCGGUGGGCGUGUAAGGAUCAUCCCUUUGGAUUUUGAGUUGGAAACAAAUAAAUGAGGCUGUUUGUCCGUGGAAAGAAUUCCCGCAGCUCUGUCCCAGAGUCAACGUGUGGGGAAGCCCCUCGGAUGAAAACACACAGGGAGCAGGAAUCUUGAAGACGCAGCUCGGGUAGUGGGAAUAUGAAUCUCUUACCUAAAAGCUCUAAGGAGUUUGGCUCCGUUGACUAUUGGGAGAAGUUCUUCCAGCAGCGAGGAAAGAAAGCUUUCGAGUGGUAUGGAACCUACCUGGAACUGUGCGGGGUGCUGCACAAAUACAUCAAGCCCAGGGAAAAGGUGCUAGUGGUUGGGUGUGGUAACUCAGAGCUAAGCGAGCAGCUGUAUGAUGUGGGCUAUCAGGAUAUAGUGAAUAUUGACAUUAGCGAGGUUGUCAUCAAGCAAAUGAAGGAGCGCAAUGCCAGCCGACGGCCCAGGAUGAGCUUCUUGAAGAUGGACAUGACACAGAUGGAGUUCCCCGACGCCUCGUUCCAGGUGGUGUUGGACAAGGGCACCCUGGACGCUGUCCUGACAGAUGAGGAGGAGAAGACCCUGCAGCAGGUGGACAGGAUGCUGGCUGAGGUUGGCCGUGUCCUGCAGGUGGGCGGUCGCUACCUCUGCAUCUCCUUGGCUCAGGCUCACGUCCUGAAGAAAGCAGUGGGUCACUUCUCUCGGGAGGGGUGGAUGGUGAGGGUGCACCAGGUGGCCAGCAGCCAGGAGCAGCUGUUGGAAGCAGAGCCUCGGUUCUCCCUGCCUGUCUUUGCCUUCAUCAUGACCAAGUUCAGGCCGGUCACUGGCUCUGCCCUUCAGAUCUUUGAGCUGUGUGCUCAGGAGCAGGGCAAGCCUGUGCGGCUGGAGAGUGCCGAGCGGCUGGCCGAGGCGGUGCGGGAGCGGCAGCAAUAUGCCUGGCUGUGCAGCCAGCUGUACCGCAAGGCCGGGCUGGGGAGUGUGUCCCUGGACUUGUGCAAUGGGGACACGGGGGAGCCACGCUACACCCUCCACGUGGUGGACAGCCCCACUGUGAAACCAUCGCGGGACAAUCAUUUUGCCAUUUUCAUCAUCCCCCAGGGUCGGGAGACCGAGUGGCUAUUUGGCAUGGAGGAGGGCCGGAAGCAGCUGGCAGCCAGUGCUGGCUUCAGGAGGCUGAUCACAGUGGCCCUUCACCGAGGUCAGCAGUAUGAAGGCAUGGACAGCAUCCAGGCCGAGCUGUCGGCCAGAGUCAUGGAGCUGGCCCCGGCUGGGAUGCCCGCCCAGCUGCAGGUGCCCUUCCUGUCUGUGGGUGGGGACAUUGGGGUCCGGAUCGUUCAGCACCAAGACCACAGCCCCUUGAGCGGCGACUACGUCAUCGAGGACGUGCAGGGAGAUGACAAGCGCUACUUCCGGCGGCUCGUCUUCCUCAGCAACAGGAACGUGGUGCAGUCAGAAGCCAGGCUGCUGCAGGAUGUGUCUCACAGAGCCCAGAAGAAACGGAAAAAGGACAGGAAGAAGCAUCGGCCUGCUGAUACCCCAGAGGACCUCCCUGCAGCUCCGGGGCAGUCUGUUGAUAAGAGUUACCUGUGCUGCGAACACCACAAAGCCAUGAUUGCCGGCCUUGCGCUGCUGAAAAACCCGGAGCUGCUUCUAGAGACCCCACUGGCACUGUUGGUGGUAGGCCUGGGUGGGGGCAGCCUCCCUCUCUUUAUCCACGAUCAUUUCCCAAAGUCCUGCAUCCAUGCUGUGGAGAUCGACCCCUCUAUGUUGGAAGUAGCCACCCAGUGGUUUGGCUUUUGCCAGAGCGACCGGAUGAAGGUCCACAUCGCAGAUGGCCUCGACUUUAUAACCAGCCUGGCAGAAGAAGAAGCACGGCCUCACUACGACGUCAUAAUGUUCGAUGUGGACAGUAAGGACCCAACUCUGGGAAUGAGCUGUCCACCCCCAGCAUUUGUGGCCCAGCUUUUCCUGCAGAAGGUCAAAAGCAUCUUGACUCCUGAAGGUGUCUUUAUCCUCAACCUCGUGUGCCGAGACCUGGGGCUAAAGGACUCAGUGCUGGCCGGGCUCAAGGCGGUGUUCCCCCUCCUGUAUGUCCGGCGAAUUGAGGAUGAAGUCAAUGAGAUCUUAUUCUGUCAGCUGCACUCUGAGAGCAAACUCGCUACACCAGAGCUCCUGGAAAUGGCCCGGGCCUUGGAGCAGACCCUGAGGAAGCCCGGAAGGGGCUGGGAUGACACGUAUGUCCUGUCAGACAUGCUCAACACUGUGAAGAUCGUGUGAGUGUCCGGACCAGGCAGCCCUCUCAGCUUCCUGCCAGACUGACCUCAGGCUGCUGGCCUGCCAGAGACUGAAGAAAUACAGUGUGCAUUAAGCCUCGUAUUUUUCUUAGUUUCAUACUCAUCUAUGUGCACCCUCCUGCUCGUGAGGUGGCCUGAAGGUCUGGGAGAAUAAAAAAGUCUUUGCUCUGC